GGCGGCGGCGGAUGGGCCCCGGGAGCCCGGCACCAUGGAGGGGGUGCUCUACAAGUGGACUAACUACCUGAGCGGUUGGCAGCCUCGGUGGUUUCUUCUCUGUGGGGGGAUUCUGUCUUACUAUGACUCCCCCGAAGAUGCCUGGAAAGGCUGCAAGGGAAGCAUCCAGAUGGCUGUGUGCGAGAUCCAAGUUCACUCUGCAGACAACACCCGGAUGGACCUGAUCAUCCCCGGGGAGCAGUACUUCUACCUGAAGGCCCGGAACGUGGCCGAGCGGCAGCGGUGGCUGGUGGCCCUGGGCUCGGCCAAGGCCUGCCUCACGGACAGCCGGGCCCAGAAGGAGAGAGAGUUCACUGAGAACACGGAAACCUUGAAAACCAAGAUGUCCGAGCUCAGGCUGUACUGCGACCUCCUCGUUCAGCAAGUGAACAGGACGAAGGAAGCUGCGGCGGCCGGUGUGGGGGACGCCAAGGAGGGCAUCGACGUGGGCACUCUGCUGCAGUCCACCUGCAACACCUUUCUGAAGACACUGGAGGAGUGCAUGCAGAUCGCCAACGCGGCCUUCACCUCGGAGCUGCUGUACCGGACCCCCCCGGGCUCCCCCCGGCUCGCGGUGCUCAAGCCCAGCAAGACGAAACUUCCCAUCCUGCCAAUUCCCAGCGCCCUGGACAGGCAGACAGAAUUGAAUAGCUGUGAAAAUGGAUCUUUAAAUACAGAAAUAAGUGAUUCUGAAGAAACCCUGAUUAAAAACGAGAGCCCCUUAUAUACGAAACCCAUAGAGAAGGGGAACGGCUUGUCAACUAAAGAAAAUACAGAAGAUCACUUAACAGUCCAAAGUGGUGACGUCAAGGAUGAUGGAGAAAGGGAUACGGAGACACCUCAUGGGAGUGACGUGGAGCCGCCCCCGGAGUGUCCCAUGGGAACAAAUCCUGGAGGCGAAUCUCUGGGGGCACAAGCGGAGGAGGAAGAGGAAGAGGAGGAGGAGGAGGAGGAGGUCCAGACGUUCUUCAGUGCCAUGAACACAAGCUUCAGUGACAUUGACCUCCUGGAAGACGGCGGCAUCCCCACGGAAGCCUUCUUGGAGUCGUGCUACGCCAUCGUGCCAGUUCUGGAUAAACUUGGCCCGACGGUCUUUGCUCCCGUUAAGAUGGACCUUGUCGGAAACAUUAAGAAAGUCAAUCAGAAGUACAUCACCAACAAGGAAGGCUUCACCACCCUCCAGAAGAUCGUGCUGCACGAAGUGAGCGCCGGCGUGGCUCAGGUCAGGAACUCGGCCACGGAGGCCCUCUUGUGGCUCAAGAGAGGUCUGAAGUUUCUGAAGGGUUUCCUGACGGAGGUGAAGAACGGGGAGAAGGACGUGCAGAGAGCCCUGAACAGCGCCUACGGCCGGACGCUGCGGCAGCAUCACGGCUGGGUGGUUCGCGGCGUCUUUGCGCUGGCGCUACGGGCAGCUCCUUCCUAUGAAGACUUUGUGGCAGCGCUGAGCAUCAGGGAGGGGGACCACCACAAGGAGGCGUUUGGCCUGGGGAUGCAGAGGGACCUGAACCUGUACCUGCCGGCCAUGGAGAAGCAGCUGGACAUCCUGGACGCCCUGUACGAAGCCCACGGUCUGGAGUCCGACGAAGUGGUGUGACCGCCGUGGCCGGUGCCUCCUCGCUACUUCAGGGGAUGAAGCUGAAUCCGCUCUUGGCUUUCUGAGGCUCGUGGCCGUGAGCCUCCUCCUUCCUCUCCCUCCCUCCUCGCCACCUCUGUCUUCUGCCCCCACGGCCCCCAGGAUGGGGGGGGCCAACAGAGCUUCCCCCUGCUUUUCGUGUCAAAGCUCACAGUGCCCACGUGUCUCUGUGGGUUAGGACCAAGGUGCUAUGUCCCGGUUCUGUGGGCCCAAGGACCCCAGUGUGUGCUCUGAUCGAUCCAUAGUGUCAGGGAGGUCCCUGGUGCCCUUCUCAGAGGCCAAACCGGGGUGAGUUGUGGGACUAGGACCAGCGUCUACAAGGGCCAUUGGCUCCUCUCCCAAACCGUUCAGCCUUUGAGGGUGAUUGGUGAUGGGACGUUCCCAGAGGUGCCAGCCCCUCCCAGAGGCGCCAGCCCUGUGUUCCACCUUCUCUGCGGAGCCUCCUGCGGCUGCUGCCCAAAGCCGUCUUUGUGGGGGCGAAGAGGGGGACUGGUGCCCUGGAGCAGAGGCCCGCCCUUUCCCCAUCACCAUCCACACCCCCUUCCAAGGGGAGCUCAGGAAGAAGUGGGAGUCUCCACGGUGGUUGUCCCGGCUCCCCCACAACAGCUUCCCCAGCCUUCUCUCCUGGAGUAAUGUAGGUGUCAGGGCCGCAGACUGAGGCGGAGGAGGCAGAGUUUGGGAAGCGGCUGAGCGAAGGAGGACCAGCCCUGGGACUGGGGCUGAAGACACAAAGCCUCUGCUUUCAACCCUCCGGUAGGCAGAGUGUUGGCCCGGGAGCCAUGGGCUCCCACUGCAUCUGGGUCCCAUCCACCCACAUGCCCUGGAUCUUCAGAAGGGCGUCCUAAAUGGAGACCAAUUAUUCUCUGGUUCGGGGGGUCCUCAGGAUAGUGGCUGAGUAGACGUGCCCCCCACUUUUUGCAUCUGUAGGUGAGCAUCACAGAAGCCGCCUGGGGACGGCGAGCUCCAGGAACGUAAGCCGCCCCCCAUACACAGUGCCCCCAUUUUCUCCAAAAGCUUCCUGCCGAAGGCUGGCGUCCUCCCAGGGGUGGGCAGGUGGGAGCGAGUAGUUGAAAGGAGCAAUUGAGAGUUCCCGGGAAAAGCCCGAGUUGCUGAAGAGAAUCUGCCAGCUUUGGAAGGGUGAUAGAGUGAGCCCUUAAACCAUUCAAUGUUUUGUGAAAUCGGAGCAUCCGGUUCAACUGCUGCAGACCCUCGCCCACUGACCUUCCUGGAGCAAAGCGGAUGGACCAAAAAAACUGGCAGGGGGAGACAAAGCCAGGAAGCUCGCCUUCCCCUUCUGUGAAUUUGGAAGCUUGGUUUGAGCAAUGGUGGAAAGGUGAAGGAGACCGGGGAGUUUUGAGCACCUCUUCCUUCCCAAUGAAACUGUCUGUGGACACUGCUGGUGCAUGAUGGGACAGCCUGCUCAGCGGCUCAGGCCCUGCUUACUCUUCCAGGUCCAGGCUGUUAGGACUCUGUGUGCGUGCUGCCUUUGAGCAUCCCGCUGUUUCUGUCUGCGUGGAGGGGAGGGGGCUUUCUGUGGGUGCUGAGGACCCCAAAUUGAGUCUGCCAAGAGCUUGAGCACAUUCAUAUUCCCCUCAUUAGUUCAUCCUCACCCACAUGUUCCCCUCACCCACAUGAUGAGGGGAACAUAGACAUCCUCACCCACAGAGUAGCAGGGUAUGCUGGGAGGGCAGAGCCCUAGGUUCUCCCUCAACGCUGCAUGCUCCUGAGCCCAGCACUCGCCUCUGAGGGUCUGAGUGCCCUCAGAUGGGUCGGGAAAGGGUGGGCCAAGGCAUCCUUAAUGCCCUCUGGCCCAAACCCGCCAUCCCUUUUCCUCACCAGCAUGAAGGAGGGUUGGCCCAAGGUUCUGGAGUCUUUAGAAACACCGAAAGUUCUGUCUAACUUCAGCUGAUGCAGGGAUGGAGAUGCUCCAUUUCUGUGUGUCUAGGUCUCGGUCUAGGUGUAUAAAGGGACCCGGAAAGCUUUAUUAUUAGAAUCUUGGUUUUAGCUGGGGCAGAGUUGACUUUGUCUAGUUCUCCCUUAGAAGUCGGCACCAGAAGAGAGGCACCAACUGGGCCGGUUCUCCCUCUCCCCCCCCUCCCCCCGCAGACUUCUUACACCUCUGACCAGGCCUCAGCUCCCUGGAUGGCCUCUCACCAGUUUACAUUACUAAUAGGUAUCAUUAAGUCAUAGGAUUCAUUUUUUCAUAAACCUAGUAGAGCUCGUACUUUCAGAUUAAUGUAGUUGUCGCCUUGUAUUUGGCUUAGAUUUUCUUAUUUUGAGAGCCUCGGUUUAGAAAAGUGAUGGCAAAAGACCAUCAUCCCACCAUCUUGACAAUCAUGGGAACUGGCUCUCAAAAGCCCCCAUUUUGGGGCAGUGAUAGUUAUGUUUCAUCAGAAUUAUUGUUCCUUGAAAGUAUUUCCAGAACUGUUCAGUCUUUUAGCACCUGUGUCCAAUUCUUAUCUCCUCAUUAGUCCUUGAAGGAUGGAUUUUAAUAUUAAAAAUAACUAGAAGUCAUUCAGAGCUACAUCGGGUAAAUACGUUACAUUCCCUGGGUAAGGCCAUCGGUAGUAAGGUUCAAGGAAUGAUGAGAAAUUAAAAUUCCUGUGACUUGGCAGUUCUUUUCCAAGGGAUUUCCAAAAGUCAAAGGAACCACUUGAGGCUGCCCUGGACCAGAGAUGUAACUCUGAAGAGUGUGCAUAUAGCAGAAUCCUGUAAAUUGGUCACACUCCUAUUAGGAGGGAGCUCCUGAUAAAGUUAGCCUUUCCUCCCAAGAAAGGGGUGCAGUAAGGCAAGAGAAUGGUUUCAACCACCAGUGUUCAGUGCAAAAUGGUAAAGGAGAAAAACGAUCAUUUAGCAAAGCAGAAAGCAUCUUUGGUCUUGGAAAAGUAUCUUUUCUGGUGAUGGGAAGAUUAGCUCAGUACCAAAUGGCAGGGAGACAUCUCUUCAAAGGGAGGACAGGUUCUCACAGGAUCACCAACAGCUAAAAGAAUUACCUGAAGCAUUUUGCGAAUCUGUACUUAUACCUUGUGACUGCCACCACUGGGGGCUCUUAGAGAGAAGGCAGCAGUUUGAAUGAACAUGGGUUCCCCUAAGUAGCACUCAAAUUAUAGCAUCAUCACAUUCACCAGUUAAGUGGAUUUCACCAACUUUCUAAAUGAUAUCAAAGAGCAGAGUUGGCUAAGGAUGAGCUAGAACGAUCAUCUUGUUCAACUCUCUUGUUUUACAAAUAGGGAGACUAAGAUCCAGUAUUGAUUUGAUUGUUUAAAUUGAGAUUUUUUUUUUAAAAGAUAUUUAGAAUUAGUCACAGUUCCUCUUAACUGUGAGGCUAGAGAUCUUGGGUUCUCAGUUUUGCACAUUUCUCAUAGACCUCUUGGCAAUCUGGCUAAAACCUAUAGACUGCUCAGAAUAAUUUUUCUAAAAGCAUCAAGAUUUAUAGGAUUUCCAAGAAAAUCAAUUAUGUUGAAAUGCACUUAUCUGGGUGUUUAAAAAAAGAAAGUUUAGCCCCUCAGGUUAGAAUCCUUGUCAUAACACCCAGCCAGGCACAUGUCCAGCAGACACAUAACACAAGGUUAUAAGCUGAGGGCGCUGCUGAGAAAUGAGUCCCUCUCUGCUCUGCAGUCUGCUGACUGCUUACCUGGGGCUUUCACCUGACCCAGCCAUGGAGGGCAUUUUAAGGUUGGCUCUGGUCUCUGGGACCCUUGGCUAGUCUGUGAGCAUUCUCUCCAUCCCCUCAGAUGCUCAGCCUGCGUGCCUGCACAUUCUGUCCAUUUGCACGUCUUAAAGAUAAUGGUUGCUCACCGACCCGGCGGUGCACGCCAGCAUUGACCGGCCGGCCACAUGUAGAAGCGAGCAUUGACUCCUUGCUCUGCAAAAGAAGCUGAGGGUCCCCCUGAAGUGGAUGGGCCAGGUCUCUGGAGCGGACCCGCUGGCCUUUCUCUUGGGGUGCUGCCUGAACGCAGUGGGGAAGGCAUCUGCGCUGGAGCUGUCGGGAGACGCCUGGGGACCGAGGUGGCAACUGCUCCCCGUCCGAGCCCAUCUCAUGCUUACAGACUCUGUUCUGCGUCGGUCCCACUUCUCUUGGCAGGGACAAACUCUGCCACGUCCACAACCUCCCCAGACCUCAGCAUCCAUGUCUCCCGGGGUGACGAGACGUAGGGCGGCGUCCCACUUUCUGGCUUCUCGAUGCAGAUGUGCCAUUUCCAUACUGGUUUGAGGCAUGUUUCCUGCAGCCCACGUGGGAAUUUCAGUAGGAUGUCAUCAGACAGCUCAUCUACCUCAUUUUGAAAUUGGCCACAGACAAAUAAGGAGAAAAAUAUGUUGUGGAAGUAAAUGUAAACAAGCGAAUGAACAGUGUGGUGUAUAUAAGGGAAAGGGGGAGGGUCUUGGUCGAAUAUAUGCCAAAGGCUAAAAUGUACAUAGUGAUCUUUCCCUGCAUUCAUUUUUAAAAUAAAUGUUCAGCUUCACGUCUUGUAUUUCUCUAGCUUCUGUGGUUUAAUGGAUAAACUUUUUAGCAUCCCAGGCGGUCUCCCAUUUGGAGACAGUCCUGCCUUUCUGAAUGUCAAUAGAACAGAAUAAAAAGAUGUACCAUAAAGGAGUCCAUUGAUUUCUCUCCAUUAGUCCCUCUUUUACUGAACUUUGCCUAGAACAUGAAGUUUUGAAAUACUCUUGAUUCGACCAAAUAAAAGCUGAUUAUUUUUUGUUGUGGCUCUGAACAAGUUCAUCCUGUAUAUCAGUUGAGACAAGAUGGGGUGGGGGUGGGGGACGAGGGUUUACUUUUUUUGCAAGAAUGUUUUGAAACAUCUGUCAGAUUUUAUAUUGUUUAGUUACAAUAAACUUAUUUUUCAAGUA